GGAUAUCCUUCGAUUCGGAGACCUUGGAGUACGCCUGUUCUGGGGAGGCGACGGUAAAUUUCGAGUGCGUCCUCCUUCCGGUCUCCGAGGUUUGAUUGCUUGCCCGUAAAGCAGCUACUUCCGGAUAGGCUCGAUGGAUAUUCCUGGGAGGCUGAAAGAAGAGGAGGAUGCUGCUGCCAUUAUUGGCUCCCCCAACAUCACGAGUGCUGCCGAGGCGGCAGAACUGAAGGAGCAGGAUGCUGAGGGCCACAGACUUAAUACACCAUGGACCAUGUGGUUGGAUAAGACGGAGCGCGGCGUCAGCGCCGCCGAGUACCAGGCCUCGCUGAAGAAGGUGUACACCAUGACGACGGUGGAGAGCUUCUGGGCCGUCUACAAGAACAUCCCGGACGUGCAGGAGCUGAACACGCGCUACACGUACCACAUGAUGCGCGACGACCGCAAGCCCCUCUGGGAGGAGCCGCGCAACUCGCGCGGCGGCACCUGGAAGGUCAAGUGCCGCAAGGAGGACUCGUCGGAGGUGUGGAAAGAACUUCUCCUAGCCUGCAUCGGGGAGCAGUUCGAUGAUUUCGUGGCCGAAGAUGACGACAUUUGUGGAGUUUCUAUUUCGGUGCGCGACCGGGACGACCUCAUUCAAAUCUGGAACACCAAUGCCGCGCGACAGGAGGAGGCCAAGGUCAUCGAGAAAGUGAGGCUGCUCGUGCCCCGCGUCAAGUUCACGGCCAUAUUCUACAAGCGUCACGAGACCCACCACGCCUUCGAGGGGACUAACUAGAGACGACCGAAGGCCGCGGCGACGCAGCUGGGAGGUCCGCGGGCCCGUGUGCCAAACGGCGGUGUCCGCCUCCGCCGGAGAGAGUGCGCCCGGCGCUGGAGGCCCGCCGGCAGCCGCGCCGGGCCUCGCGGGCCAGGCGCGCGCCCGGGAUCCCGCGCGGUCGGCGCGGCGCACAGGGCCCAUCAUCGCCGUCUUCCGCCAGGCCGGCCGGGGAGGACGGCUGCCAGGCCUUCGGUCGGUCGGUGCGCCGGCCGCACGUGGGGUAAUCGUUUGCUUUGGUAUGCUGUCGAACGCUUUUGGCGGGCAGCCGCGGCCGAGGAGCGCUCGUUGUUAUAUUGCCAACAGCGAGAGGACGCUAUUUUUAUAUCGCUGAGAUAACUCGCUGUUAUGAAUGCUGCAUUGGUCUCGGUGUCCGGAGCGGUAUGAUAUAAGCCCACGUGCUGCCACUCAGACGGGAGGGGGCCGCCCUU